AUGGGGCCAUCAGUGCCCUUGGCUCUGGGUUUUUUGUCUCUCCCCCAAAGCUCCAGAGCUGUUUUGUUUCAGAAAGCCGGUGUCCAGGAGCCUGGCCCGGAGGACGUGCAGGAGCCGGCCCGCCAGGCCCUGCGCAGGCUGAGCUUGCUGCCGGAGCAGCACGAGGCCAUGGGCACCCGCGUCACCCACCUUGAGAGCCAACUGCGGCAGCGUGCCAGCGUCGGCACCCUGGAUGACAUAGCUGCCAAACUGGAGAGGGUGCAGGAUGAUAUAAAGCACCUGGAGGAUGAAGAAGAGAAGGCACUGGACUUCCGCAAGAAUGUGCUGGAGCAAGUGGGGCAGCUGCGGGAGCAGUGCACCAGGCUGCAGGAGGCUGCGGAGCGGCUCUGGAGUGACACUGAGGAUGUCCAGAGCCUGCGCGAGAUGGUGGAACAUCUGGACAUGAGAAAAGCAGACAAGGCCCUGCUGGAGCAGGGCAUGGACGUUAAAGCAGACAAGGCUGAGCUGGAAACCAAAGUGAGCCAGGAGGAGCUGCAAAGUGCCAUAGCCCAGCUGAGUGAGAUGAUGCAGGACCUGCUGCAGAAGAUGUCUCUGCAGGACCAGGACUGGCAGAAAGCUCUAGAGAAGCUCGUCAGUGACAUGGACUCCAAGCUGGACCACAUGGUGCUGAACCCGCUGCGGGUGCAGCUGGAGCGGGUGUGGAGGUUCACCAAGAAGUACCUGCGCCAGGGCCCGCCCUUCAGCGCCAACAGCGCUGCUGGCUUUAAAAGGCAGCUCUUUGAGCGGGUGAAAUGCAUCUCCUGCGACAGACCCCUGACGAUGGCCCGCAGGCCGCAGCUGGUGACCGUCAGGAAGAGCAACCUGCUCACGCGUCCCCGGCCGGCCAGCGCCAACGGCUACGAGUACCUGGCGCGCCGGGCGCAGGCAAGGGAGGGCGAAGGGAGCACCAUGGCUGCCCAGGGUGCCGGUGCGGCACCGCAGCGCUGGCCUGGGGACGCGUGUGCCACAAGUGCUGCCGGGCAGCUCUUCACCUCCAGCUGCUUCAGCACCGUCUGCCCCUACGGAGACCCCACUGCCUUCACCACCGAGAACGUGAGCCCUAGGCCUGCGUGUCCCCGUGUCUCCAUGCGUCCUCGUGGCCUCGUGCUCUGGAAAGCCACUGAGCUCACAGGCCAGGCACAGCCUCCAGGCCCAUCCGAUGCCACCAGCUCUUCUUCCCUCUAG